AUGGUAAGCUUACUGUAACUUAUCGGCUUUUGUUGUCUUCUGUAUAUUCUGAGCUGUAACAUAAGUCCUUGUGAUAUUUUAGUAGGUUUUAAGAUUAGGGAAGAUUAUUUACUUGUAUUACAGUAUGUUCAUACUUUAAUUCAAUUUCAUACUGUAACUAAAAAUAGCGUACAUACUUAAAUAUAGGUAAAAGUAUAAUUUUUGGUUCAAGAAUAAUAAUUAUAUGUUAAUUUCAGAGAAGUUUCGUAGUGAUUUUGGCCUUAAUUGCCUCUGCCUUGGCUUUGGCCAAACAUACUCCACAUCUGGAUGAGCAUCUGAAACUGCCAAAGUUCGCACAAGAGCUUACUGGAGAGGCUUUGGUCGAUUACAUCAAUGAAAUCCAAACGACUUGGACUGUAAGUUGAAUACUUUAGUAUAAAACUAUCAUUUUUUUGCUUAAAACACUAAUUAUCUUACUCAUUUUUGCCAUUUUUUAGGCUACCAAAGACAGCCGUUUCUUUGGAAUGAAGUCCGAAGAAGUCCGGCCGUUCCUUGGCGUUCUCGAUGCUCCAGAACAGUACCAGAACAUCACCUCCACGCACAUCUCCAUCAAGGCCAACCUCCCCACCGACUUCGAUGCUCGUAAACAAUGGCCCAAGUGCUCCAAGAUCAUCGGUACCAUCCGGGACCAGUCCAACUGUGGCAGUUGCUGGGCCGUAGCCACCGUGUCGGCCAUCAGUGACAGAAUCUGUAUCCACUCUGACGCCAAGACUCUCGUCCACGUAUCAGCUCAGGACCUGAUGAGCUGUUGUCGUAAUUGUGGUAUGGGCUGUAACGGAGGAUACCCAGAGUCGGCAUGGGACUACUACUACUCACAAGGUAUUGUAUCUGGAGGUCAGUACGGUGACACUCACACCUGUCGCCCAUACCCAUUCGAGCCUUGUGCUCAUCAUGUGGAUGGUACUGAGUACAAGAACUGUCCCAGUAAGAUCGAAAAGACACCAGCUUGUAACCAGAGGUGUGUCACCAGAUACCUGACCUACUCUUCGGACAAACAUCGCUCUACUGGCUCGGUUAAUGUGUGGAGAAACGAGGAGUCCAUCAUGCAAGAGGUCCUCACCAACGGACCAGUUGAGGCUGCUUUCAGUGUGUAUGAAGACUUCUUGACCUACAAGAGUGGAGUUUAUGAGGUAAGGGUGGUUGAUAAUGGCAAAAACCAUGAUUUAUAUGCCAUUUUUUAAAAAUUAAAAUUUUUUAAAUUUCAAAAAGAAUUAAAAAUACCUUCAAUAAAAUGACAUUUUCAGCACAAAGCCGGUCGAUACGCUGGAGGUCACGCUGUGAGAGUGAUCGGAUGGGGAGUUGAGAACGGUGUCAAGUACUGGCUGGUGGCCAACUCAUGGAACGAAGGCUGGGGAGAUGAAGGUACCUUCAAGAUCCUCAGAGGCAAGAAUCACUGCGGCUUCGAAGCUCGUAUGACUUCUGGAAUCCCUAAACUCACCUAA